AAACAGUAAGCCUAACGAAACCUCUUUUAAAAUGUAAACAAUUACGUUCUGUACAUUGCCCAAAACUCACAGCUCUAGUUAAGUUUAUUUUUAAAUACAAAUAUUACAAUGGCUGAAAAACCCAGAAUGAGCAUAUUUGCUCAGAGGAUGCAAAAAGGCAGGGAAGGAAAAAACAUAGCAGAUCCGCCUGUUAAAGAGGAGCAUAAAACCAACACGAAUUCAAACCAAUUUGGCGAAAGAAGUUACGUUUGUUCUACUGCAGAAGCUGAUUCAAUCCAUCUUGAAAACGUUGAAAAAUUAUCUUCGAUGUCGCAGGAAGAACUGAUUCUUGAACGGCAGAAGUUGCUAAGCACCCUCGACCCAGAGCUAGUCGAAUAUUUAAAAUCGAGAAGAACAAAAUAUUCUAGCGUAACACCAAUGGAAACAUCUGAAGAGGAAGAACAAAGGCAAGAUGUGGAGGUUAAACCAGCAUUGGAAGAAGAAGACGUCAAAAAUCUCGUGAACAAAUACCCUCACAUGGAUGUUGUUGAAGAUGAAAAGCUACAGUGGAUCGGCGAACUGCCGAAAGAUGUCCAGCCACCGAAAGACUCUUACUCAGCUCGCUUUAAUUUUGAAGGUGAACUACUUCCAUUUAUUGACAAAGGAGAAGGGGUUUUGCAGGGGCUUCACAACCACGGUGAAGAACAGGAGCGACCUGGAUAUACUCUUCAAGAACUUAUUCAAUUAAGCCGAAGUUCUGUCUUGCAACAAAGAGUUAUUUCCCUUAACUGUUUGGCGAAAAUCAUGGCAAAUGCUUCGCGUUACAAUGAGCAUUUUAAUAAACCAAUUCUUCCUGCUCUGCUCGAUGCUGAUAUGUACCUGCUUCUAAGAUUUUCUUUGGAUGAUCCUGCACCACCAAUUGUAAUAGCAUCAGCAACUGCUAUUUGUAAUCUAAUCGUUAACCACACAGAUGAGCUUUGUUUAGAUGUUCUCAUGGGAUCUCCACUCGGCAUUCAACAACCAUCGUUGGGCGUUAUAAUUGAAAUGAAGCCUGAAGAAGUGGCAGAACUGAAAGAUCAAGAGCUUCUCAAGCUUGAUAUAAUUAAGGGGAUGUUCAGAACAAAUAUUCUUGAAAGGAUGAUAUAUGUCAUUAAAAAUUUGCCGAGUGAGCCAAUUGAAGUUAAGUCUAUGAUAAAAAUAUUCACUCGUAUUGCAAGGCACUCGUAUGAUUCCGCAGAGGCUGUAUUCUCUUGUUCAGGCCUGUUGAAUACAGUGGAAGAAUUAUUAAAAUCAUUUAAAAAAGGCUCGUAUUAUCCCGAAGCUGUGAAACUUUUCAGAAUCUUGGCAGCAAGAUCAAUAACAUUAGCAAAAAAACUUGUUGAACACUAUUCAAUCAUAGACAUAAUUUGCCAAUUUAUUGCAGGGGAGAGGGCACAAGGUCAUCCUGAAGAGAUGCAACUUUCCUUAGAAAGUUUCUACACUUGGCAGACGUUUAUGAAUUAUAACCUUACACCUCAUCUGCUAAGUAAUUUGUUUCCAGUCAUUAUGAAAAUGCUCGAGGCCCAUGCAGGCCUCACAAAUCUUACGAGUGUAAAGUCUGAUCUUGAACACGGUACUGCCUUGAUUUCAACCUUAAGCCUGGCUGCAAAGCAUUCCUGCGAACCAGUUUUUAAGGCUUACCCACUUGUUUUGCAGGUGGCUUUAAAAUGGAUUUCUCAACUUGCUACCACUGAAAAUCCAAGUUUCUCAGCUUGCAAACUUGUGGGUUCAACUUUACAAUUCAUGACAAAUUGUUCAUCUAACUUUGAUUCAGCUCACCAUUUGAAUCCUGUUUUAUUGCAAUUGUUUGAAAAAGGAGUAUUUUCCCAAUUAAUUUCAAAACUUAGGAAAUGCUCCUGGCUAAUUUGUGGUGAAAUAAUAUCCUGUCCAGAAAAUCUUCCCUGUUUAGGCUCGUUACCGCCAAUUGUUCAUAAAGAAAGUGUACUGCCAUUUGUUAUACACCUUGGGAUGUAUUUGUUAUCGAAUAAAAACCAUCAAUACAUUGAGCGUUUUGUGUGCGAUCCACAAAUAUUACUAUACAUACGCAGUGUGUUAAAAUGUGAAAAUUUAAAAACAAAAUCUGGACAUUGGUAUGCGAGGCCUGAAAUUUACUUGCUCUCUCUUUUAGUCCACUUGUACACAUUCACAGAGCUCACUGUCAAUUCAGAUUUAUAUCACAAGCUUGCAUUUGCAUUGGUAGUCACGGUUCAAAGUGGCGAUAAAUAUUUACUGCCUGAAAUUUUUUCUAAAACAAUUUUCAACAAAAAAUUUUUUGGAUUGGAUGUCAAUAGUGUAUCCGAAAAACUUCAAUCAUUGAAGAUUGAAGAUUCUGUAGAUAACAAACAUUUAAAAAAAACAGACUACCUUCAAAAAGCUCUCAUCAACAUGCCAAAAAUUGAAAAAUGCUACAUCCAGGAGUUAGGUCUAGGUUUUGUUAACAAGCCCUCAAUACCAUCGACCUUAACAGGGACUCUAAAUGCGACACAAUCAGCUGUACCUUCUGAUUGGAUAUUUCUACCUAUUCUUCGAGUCUACGAUAAUCAAGGAAAUGUUCCAAAUUCUCUUGAUAUAAUUACAUGUUGUCUGCAAUGGUUCGUUAUAAUGGAAGAACUGUUUCCUGAAAUUGCGUCCAGUCUUAGUUUUGCCGCGAAAUACUGCCGUCUUUGUUGUGUUUACCUUGCAGAUAAUGAUCUGUUUAGAGAAGUCACAAGCCAUUUGGAGAUUUGCCUAACAUACAUUAUACAAAACUUCAAACUACUUGAUUUCGAAACUGAAAUUCCAGGACUUAAAUCGUUUUAUGAUUUCUAUAGACAAAUCUUGGAUCAAUAUGUCAGUGUAUCAUACUGUGAUGAAGUAUUCGGUCAAUAUAUUGUAGUACCUUUAGGACAAAAACACAGCACAAGAUAUAAAAAACUUGUCUGGAGCGAAUUGGCUGCUGUAUUGAGAAUUUUGAGAACACCUUUAUCCCAUAUCACUUUGAAACACUACACGGAUCCAGUGGAAAAUGAUUACAAUCUGCUUAUGACAUACUUGCAUGCAUUAGCAACCGGGCCGGUCAAGGAAGCUUGGUGUCCCAUUCUUUACACAGUGGCCAUUCAUCAUGUAUCACAUUAUGUGGCAGCACACAGUGACAAUACAGCUAAGGCCUUAUUAAGCAGAAUAGAAAAACUUGGAAAUGAGGACUUGAAACAAAGCUUGUUAAAACAGUGCACGAUAAGAGAAGAAACUGUAUAAUUGUUUUAAUGUUUACUAUCAUUUUUUCUUUAAUGAUGACAUUUUUGAAUCACUUCUCAGAAAUGUAUAAAUGUAAAUAAAUGAUUUUUUAAUGUUA